CAAAUAAAAGAGAUCCCAGGAAGGCCUUUUGCUGUUGUUUAGUUAUAAAAUACUUAAGAGUAAUACAACACAGAAAUGGUAGGGGGGAAGAAUUCUAGUAAUGGAGAUCUCACAAAGAUCUCUCUGGCUGAAUUUCUGAGCUAUUAUGAGCAGCCCAUAAACGAGGAACAGGCGUGGGCUAUUUGUUUCCAGUCUUGUUAUAAAAUGAAACAGAUUUUAGGUCAAGGACUGGAUUCUGUAUCGCAUAUGACAAUUUUAGAUAUUGACAACCUUUACAUCCAUUCUGAUGGUAGCGUGUCCUUCAAUCUACAGCAUGACAUUGGUAAGGAAAAAUCAGGAAGUUUCCAAUAGAGAAUCACAUCAGUCUAGAACCCAAUGAUGCCUUAGAAGACAAGAUGACCGAACUAUUGGGAAUGCUCAUCUACAAAGCUUUGGAUUGGGGGAUUGAAAGUAAUAUGGAGAGAGAGCUUAGUGAGGACUUGGAGAAGCUAAUCCGUUUUAUGGUGAAAUUGAACACAGGGACUACAAAAGCCACCAUUGCUUUCCAGGAUGUAAUCAAGAUCUGUGAAGAUCAUUUUCUCGAACCUUCAAAAGCUGCCAGCCAUUACACAGGGAUCUGCAAAUUGCUGUUUGCAGAGUACAGCGAAUGUCAGAAACUCAUGUUCACCAUUCAAAGCUGCAAAGAGGUUUUGAGAGAAAUGGAUAUGGAAGACCACACUGAACCGCAAAAGGUUGACUUGUGGCAGGGUGUACUUGGUGAUGUGCAGAAGGGGGUGAAGUUGCAAACGGCCAGGAAGCAACUUCCACAUAAGCCCCUUCCCAACGAGGGUUUACAAUUAUCAUAUAGCGCAGUGUUGGAUGAUAUAAAAAAUAAGCGCUAUGUCCUCCACAAAGCAUCGGUGCGCAAACGAAAAGAGAGACCUUAUCAAAAGCUCAGCCUUCAUGAUCAACUCAUGAUGGAAGUGAAAAAUCCACCAAUGCUUCGCCCAACCCUUACAGAAAGAAGUCAUAGUUAUCGCAAAGAAAACUGUCAGAAGUUUGUCUUGAAUUCUCCAAGUGCCAGCAUCUUCUCUGAGCAGAAGAGCAGUACAUUACACAUUUCAAAUGCUAAAAAGCUUCGGCUGGAUUGUACCACUUCAGGCCCAGAAUCUAAGUCACUUCCUAUCUACAAUCAGAAAACAUAUACAGCAGUAUCAUUACCAACCAUUGCAGAUUUGAUGGGAACAAGAUAUUCAGAAAUGAAAAAUUCCAUCCAGACAGAUCUGUGUAUCUCUUCAAGGGCUCAGGUUUGCCCCGUUUGCCGUAACCAGUACUUCAUAUGGCCUUAUAUGUGCCAUCUCUGCAGCAGUGUGAUCUGUCAGGAUUGCUGCAUCAAAAUAUCUAUGCCUGUAAGGCACUGUAUACGCCUUCCACUUAACUUCUUUGAGGUCAUACGACUUACCAAGAAAGAAUAUCUGGUCCAGAAAGACCAGAAAACUGCACAGCUAUUAUAUGCAGUAGAACACUGGGAUUCAACAAGAGUUCCUCUUGUGUUGGAGCCGCACUGUGUAUUGCCACCCCUUUCUUCUCUUACAAAAAGCAUGAUGGAUUGGCCUUUUAUGGACAUAUGUACAAAAUGUGAACAGUACCUUUUGAAGAUCCUCUACCAGCAAUCCUCUUGUACAAAAAGAUCUGUGUUAUCGACUGUGUUGGAAUAAACAACCCACUACUGCAAUGUAUGAUAAUGUAAAUAAGUGUCCUGAAAGGCCUAAAAAAGAAGCACCAUGGCUAGUUAUUUUCUUCUGUUUAGGGUCCUAGGGCAAGAUACUGAAGGGUUAGAUUUUUUUUUUUCAAAUCGUGCACUUUAAAAACAAAAAUGCAUCUUAGUGAUGUCAUUACAUGACACAAAUAAAUGCUGAACCAUUUUUGCACAUCAUA